AUGCUUCCUCUCUUCACAAAGUACUUCCUCUCUUCUUCAAAGUGCUUCCUCUCUUCAUCAAGUGCUUCCUCUCUUGAUCAAGUGCUUCCUCUCUUCAUCAAGAGCUUCCUCUCUUCAUCAAAUGCUUCCUCUCUUGAUCAAGUGCUUCCUCUCUUCAUCAAGAUGCUUCCUCUCUUCAUCAAGUGCUUCCUCUCUUCAUCAAGUGCUUCCUCUCUUCAAAGUACUUCCUCUCUUUCAAGUGCUUCCUCUCUUCAUCAAAGUGCUUCCUCUCUUCUUCAAAGUACUUCCUCUCUUGAUCAAGUGCUUCCUCUCUUCAUCAAGUGCUUCCUCUCUUGA